AAAUGUCACAGGGGACAUCAUGACGCACGAGUGACAACGUCAACUCACUUCUGUUUAUAAUAUUUUUGGUGUUAUACUUUUAUGUAAUACGAUAAAAAACAAUACUUAAUGUGAUAUCUUGAUUUAUUAUAAGGUUUUUCUGGCUGCUCCAGCUAUUCCAGUUUGCUUAUGCUGGUUUAGUUGUGUUUCUGUCACUUGCACCUUAGGAGUCCUGGUUAGCAGCCUCCUGCCUGCAGGCUACAGUGCACGCGGGAUGGCGGACGGCUCUGUAGAGCCGAAGGGAGUGAGCGUGGAGGCAAUUACCUCAGGACUGCCAGUGUCCCCCUCCCGUGUCCCUGUCCACAGACACUGGGCCCUCCCCACUUCCCACUGUAGAACUGCGCCCCACCUUGCUUCCGGAAGUGACUUCACAGACAGUCGUGUUCCGCAGUAGCCUGGAGUCCAAGGCUGUGUCUGAGGACUUCAGGAGACUUCUUCUCUCUCAUGGUGUACAGACUAUGGCACAGGAGAGAGGAGCAGACACCCUCUUCUUUGUUCUUUUCCUGAGCUGUUGGCAAGGCGCCGAGCCCCGCCCUUUCCACCUGAUCAAAGGUUCAAAUACUGAAUUUUCCUCGAGUUCAAAAAAUUUGGACGAAGCUUUGGCUAAAAUAUUUGAUGAAAUUCUCCUGCAAGUGUUUUCCAACGUUCCCUUUGAUGAAACGAGAAGAACAGCAGGCCAAUCAAUUACAACGAGUGACAUGAAAGAAAGUUAUCCUCAACAAAAGAGCUUGGAAAAUACUGAAUUUGCAUCAAGUUCAAAUAAGCAGGAAGAACAUUUGGCUAAACUAUUUGAUGAAAUUCUACUGCAAGUGUUUUCCAAAGUCCCGUAUGAGGCACCAUUUGAUGAAACAGGAACAGCAGGCAAAUCAAUUACGAAGAGAGCCAUGAAAGAAAGAGCCAGUGUUGCUGCUGGGAAUUCUGCUGAACCAGAAUUUUUCCUUGGCAGCAUGGACAGAAUUUCCAGUAAUGAUCGCAUUUCAGAGGCGGAAAGAGAUGAAGAACCCCCUCUCUUCAACAGGGCUGUGAGUGAGCAGUUAACUACUGCAGAUAAAAAAACACUUCAGGAAGCAGUUAGUCCAGCCAUGGUCACUCAAAACAUGCGCAUCGUCUUCUGAGUCCCUGCCAUGACUGGGCACCGAAGCUUGCUGACAGGCAGGAGACAUUAAGUGCCCGGUGUUAACCUAAUCCCUGAUCUUCAACCUUGGAUCACUUGAGCCUGGGCCCGUUCAGAGUGCGAAGAAACUCGCCCAUUAUGUCAACGUGCUGGGACCAAGCCCAGUUCACUCCCUCCAUGUAGCCACCUGCUGUCACAAUUAUACCUGGUUGUCACUUCCUAAACCCCCAAAAUUGAAUGCUGAAUCAUUCCAACAGAGCCCUUAGAGUGGCUUGAUGCUGCUGCCUCUUGACGUGGCACAGAUGAAGGCAAAAAUUGGACAUGCACAAUUUUUUCCCCAUAACCUAAGAAGGCCCUUGGCCAGGGUUCUCCAGCCUCUAUCACUAAGCUCCCCUCAGCAGCUCUCCACAAUAAACCAUCUGAUUCCUGUCAUUGUACCUCUGUGCUCUCUUUCCUUGAGUUCAUUUGCUUUUUUGGUCACAAUACAAAUGGGGUGAUAGAAGCUCUAGGAGUCCCCGAUGUCAAGUAGGGUCUAGCUAAGAUUGCCUUGCGCUCCAAAGCCCACAUUCAGCAGCAUUCCAAAUCUACCUUCAAGAUUUCUGCAAGUCCCCGGAGGGCUGUAAGAGCUUGGGGUCAUCUCUGGCAUUAUGUUUGCCUUCUGUCAUGAAAUUCUCCCAAACCUACACACAUCAGGCAGAUCAUGUGCCCAGGAGAAUUUCCAGAAGCUGGAGGAGCGCAGGUUGGGGGGCUGGGGUGUGGGAGAGAAAAGGUUGUAUCAGUGCCUGUGAAAAGCUUUAAACCAAAUAUUUGACUCCAGUCUUCUUAAAAAGCCAUCACAGCAGGACUUUCUGCCACAUCUAAUGCCCCUGCCUCCUCCCAUCUGAACUCUCCCCUCCUCUUCCCUCACCUCCUACAAACCGUGGUUUUUUCAACCUUCUUUUGGCUGCUUUACUGCUCUCCAGCGCAUACCCUCAGCAUCUCACCUCCACCACCAACCAGCAUCUCCUCUCCCCUCUGAAUGCUUUCCUAAACGAAGCUGGUUCCUUUCCCAAGAGGUUUUCGGGAGCCAGCAGCUCAGAUGCUAAGGUUUUCAUUUCUGCUGGAGGCAGAGCUCACAGGCCAUCCCUGCAGAUCUGUAUGGGGUCCUCUCCCUCUGUUUACUCUGCCACGUGUCUUCU